AACGGAUCGUGCAGUGCAUCCGGCGGCUCCGCUCGGCGCUAGAGCUAUACGACCAGCCCGGUCGCGUUUAGUCCGAAACCGCCUCAUGAAGUCUCAACACUAGAAUUUAGUCUUCUCCUUUUGAGUUGAUACCUAAGUGAAUUUAUUGUGAUAUUUAGUGUUAGGUGCCAAAUAAGUUAUUAGAAUAAUGGACGACGAUCAACAGUUCUGCCUACGUUGGAACAAUCAUCAAUCUACAUUAGUAUCGGUUUUCGACUCCCUACUGGAACAUGAAAAAUUGGUUGAUUGUACAUUGGCGGCUGAAGGCAAAUUAUUAAAGGCACACAAAGUUGUCUUGUCAGCAUGUAGUCCUUAUUUCGAGACUUUAUUGUCCCGGCAUUACGAUAAACAUCCCAUACUCAUCCUGAAAGAUGUUAAAUUCCAAGAACUGAAAGCUAUGAUGGAUUACAUGUACCGGGGUGAGGUGAACAUAUCCCAAGAUCAGUUGGGAGCACUAUUGAAAGCAGCAGAAUCCUUACAAAUCAAAGGGUUGAGCGACAAUAAGAGAGACGAGCCAGUUAAUAAAAGGACAGCUCCAGCAACCGCGCCUCCGAAAAGCCCUCAAAUGCAGGCUCAAAUCCCUAAAGUGCAAGGACUGACAAUAGAACAGCGGAAUCAACGGGAUGAUAACAGAGAAGGCUCAAUGUCUCCAAGUCCUCGGAAGAGAAAAAGAAUGCGUCGCAAGAGUGAGGAGAUGGACAAUCACCACGAUGCCUCCAACUCCUCCGACGCCCACAGCCUGCCCUCAAACAUUCCUUCAGCGCCUACUCAACUACCUGCUAAUAUUAAGAUGAACUCUGACGUGCCUGAUACAAUUGAAACGAAGCAAGAAAUGAUAUCUAGACACAAAGACGACACUGGCUCUCAACCCGCACAAGUUCCUAUGAUGAAAGAAAAAUUAGAAACUCAUUCUGAAUUAAUGUUGGAGCCAAAGUCAGAGUACGUUGAGGAAAUGAACGAGGACAGCAUCGAGGACCUUACAUUAGAUGAUGACGACUUGAGCAAUAUGGAACAAAUGGAUGAUGGUGCAGGGCCGAGCCAUGGAGGCGAGGGAUCAUCGCAACAAGGAUUUGGACAUUGGCAGAUGGGUGGUAACCAGUCGCAGGACGAAGUUUUCCUGGCGGCACAAGAAGCCGUUGGCGCACAUAGAGACUCACAAGGAUACAUGCGUCGCAACCAAAGUACUGCAGACUGUCGCUAUCCAUCUGAUUACGAACGGAGGGCUCCUCCUGCGCCAGCCUUCCAUUCGGCAAAGGUGAACGUGCCUCUUCUUGGAGUGCGGAGGCUGCAGAUGGCCAGCAGCGAGAAGCAGAGCCACACCAACCGUGACCAGUUUAAAAUCCCCUUGCCCAAACGGACAAAAACCAGCCUGGAUUCGGAGAGCUCUGACUCUUUUAGUGGACAAUCUGUUUCGGCAUCAGCGGCGGCAUUGGUCGAAAAACCUGCAGAACUUCCCAAGCCGAAACCCUCAAUAUUGAAGAAACGUGCUCCAGCUCCACUUCCAGUUGAAGCAGCUGCAGUAGACGAACGCCCGGUUCCCAACCAGUCGCCGCGCAACGGCUCAGGCCUGCUCACUGAUAGUUUGUCCUGUAUUUUUACACGCCGAAACUCCCAAGAGCGGAAGUUGCCCCAGAAACGAGCCCCGUAUGAGGAGGCUCCUACAGAACCACAAAGAGAUGUGGAAGUUGCUGAUUGUCCAGACCCGCCAAGGAUUUCGCAACCCACUCCCGAUAUCCGGACAGAGGAUUGGUUUACCACCAAACAGCGCAUUCUCGGCAACGUGAAAAGCGACACUCCUCAAAACAUCAGCGAGCCAAUGAAAGUCCCGGAAAAUUCGGCGUCUGCUGCUCAAAGCGAGGUGGAUCCUCAUGGGUUUGAUAUUGAGCCUCCGGCCCACAUGAAUAAGAGUGUGUCCCCAUAUGUGCCUUCUCCAAGCCAUGAGCGCGAUGAAUAUGAGAAGUACAAGUCGGACAAGUUGAAGAAAGAAGUGGCUCGCGCGCUGCUUCACCGACAUUAUGAAGCUAGCAAGAAGGCUCAGGAAGCUAAAAAGCAACAGGAGGAAAACAAGGCGCGCUACAAUCAGACUGCUGAAAACGAAGACACUGGGCGUCGCUAUGAAUAUGGGGAAGGAUCCAGAUGGAAGCAGGUUGAAGAAUCUCAGCAACUCCAAGCAGAUGAAGAUGGAGCAGCAACUGAAUAUACUGAGACCUUUGAAGCUGAGCAAGGAGACGACGGGGCAGGCGACGAAGAUAUGGAAAAGUAUCACGUAGAAAAAAUUACAGGAGAAAAUCAGCAAUAUAGCUACCAAUCGGCGCAGAUGUACCAUUAUGGGAGCUACGAGUCAGCAAUCAAGAGCUAUGAAACGGCACAAAACGCCCAAGUUGAGGAGAGCCUUUGCCCUGCUGCUCCCAAAAUUUCGCCCAUGGCUCCGGAGCAGUUUGAAAGUCCUUCUGAAGAGAUCCCGGAUGGUUCUCUGGUGCCAGAUUCCCAGUAUUACUCAGCCAAUCAGUACCAAACCUCCCAGUCAGCAAUAGCUGACAACCAAACCAUGUGCCACAAGUGCUCAUUUCAAACCACCAACCCGAAAAAGUUGAGGGACCAUUUGAAGUUCGUUCAUGGAGAAUCGGUUGGAGGCGAAGCCUUUAAACCAGCGGAGUUGUUUUCGCGAAGGGAACCCAAAGCUUUGGAUAAUCAGGACGGACUUUUCACUCGUCGAGGAGACUUUAGCGCUCAGCAGGGCGAUGCAAAGAAACCGACGGAGGUGCGCUUCAAACGACGCAAUACUGCUGCAGCCACUAUAGUGAACAUCAUCUCUAGUGAUGUCAUUGUGCCGGCCUUUGCUGCUGCAGAUGAUGCAGCUGGCAAUAGCCAGGAAACGGGCGUGACUGCUGCUAUGGAUUAUUAUGAAACCACCAAGGACCAGCCGAAAAAACAUCGGCCUUAUCGACACGAUCCAGAGCAGCUGGAUAAAGAAUGGAUUUAAUUUUUUCGUUAAUUACUGGCUCGUUGGAGGAUAUUUGUACUUAUUAAGUAUAAUUGUUGUAACUUGUAGGCCAGUUGGCGUUAUUUAGAGGGCUUCGUGUCAUUAAAGUUGUAAAACUAC